GCUCUACAUAUUCCUCUAGAACUGGGUCUUUCUUGGCGGAGUGUUUCUUACCCGCAACAUCUCUCUCUCUCUCUCUCUCUCUCUCUAAUGGGAGGUAUCAAGGUUCAUGGGAAGCCAUCCUCGACCUGCACGAGGCGAGUUCUCGCCACUCUCCAUGAGAAAGGUCUUGAAUUCGAGUUUGUCAACGUUGAGUUGAAAGAUGGCGAGCACAAGAAGGAACCCUUCAUCUCCCUAAACCCUUUCGGUAAAGUUCCAGCCUUUGAAGAUGGAGACCUCCAGCUAUACGAAUCAAGAGCUAUCACUCAGUACAUAGCUCACGAGCAUCCAGACAAAGGCACCGAGCUGCUCUGCCCUGGCUCGAAGAACAUGGCUGUCCUGUCCCUUUGGAUGGAAGUAGAAGCUCACCAGUUCGACCCGGUAGCUUCAAAGCUGGCAUUUGAACAAGUGUUCAAGUUAUUCUAUGGCUUGCCAACGGAUCAAGCUGCUGUUGAGGAAGCAGAAGCUAAGUUAGCAAAGGUUCUUGACGUGUACGAUGAUAGACUAAGCAAGUCCAAGUACUUAGUCUGUGAUUGCUUCACUUUGGCUGAUCUCCACCAUAUCCCAGUGAUCCAGUACCUGAUGACGACACCCACCAAGAAGCUGUUCGAAGAGCGUCCACGUGUCAGUUCCUGGGUGGCUGAUAUCACAGCAAGGCCAGCUUCACAGAAGAUCCUUCAGUGAAGUGGUUCACUGCAAUAAUAAAGGCAGAACCAGUCUGCUCGUUGUCAUUCUUAGUAAUCUGUGUUUGGGUGUUUUUUUCUUUUGCUUGUAUGCAGUUUCAUUAUUGAAAUUUAUGAAGACAUGACAUGAGAUCGAUGUUCUAUUCA